CAAGGUGCCGAAAUUUUGGCUCAACGUGUUCGACUCCGUCUAAGGGCAUCUUAUCGAUAAGACAAGUAGAAGACCUCAGAGCGCGAGCUCUUCAACGCCAGGAUCGCUCAAACAAACGCAGGACGCUGGAACAGAGGCCAUCAAUUCAUGUGCGCACAACACCGCUCAAAUCAUCUUACUCAGUCACGUACGCCUCAGGUCUUUUGGGCUCUUUUCGAGUCGAGUAAAGUCAAUUGGUACCGGAUUCUUACCCUAAAAGGGUGCUCUGUGACGACCAGGCAGGCCCCUGAUCUUAAAACAUGCGCUCGCCCAGCUGCACAGCCGCCCUUUGGCGCAACAUAUCAGGCCCUACAACAGCUCAAACUCGCCGCGGCUUCUUUUCAUUCAAUGGGUCGUCUCCUGAUGCUUCAGUGCAAUCCCUCACGGCAUCACGGGUCGUGCCGUAUCCUUCGGCCCUUCUGUACGCGAUCAUCGUCGAUGUUGACUCGUACAAAAACUUUGUACCGUAUUGUUCGCACUCUCAAAUCACGCGCUGGUCCAAAGCCGACCCAACAACGGGUCAAAGAUGGCCUACUCAAGCAGAUCUUCAUGUGGGCUGGGGGGGCUUCAAUGAGUGCUUCACGUCGCAGCUGCGUUGCGUACCCGGGGUGUCAGUCGAAGCUAUGAGCGGCGGCGACGGUCAAAGCAAUGCUAGCGCAGUGUUUCGGAGUCUCCUGACCAGAUGGAGCGUUAAGGCUCUGGGAGAAGAGAAGACUCAGGUAGACGUUAUGAUCAAGUAUCACUUCACAAGUCCUCUGUACGCUGCGGUCAGUGCAGCAAUGUCGGACAAGGUAGCUGGCAUGAUGAUCGAAGCUUUCGAAAAGGAGGCCCACAGCAAGCUCGGUAGACCAACAAGAUAACGGGAUUGUUUUACCAUUCUCUAUACUCGGUACGCCAGCUAUCAUGGACUCAAAGACCGCGCAAACCAAACAUAGAUACGAUCAACACCCAGCUCGAUCCUAGAUAAAACUAGAUUCCAUUGUUCAGCUGACGACCGCGGUGUAGUAGCGAAUGAGCCAGAACUUGUGACGAGUGACUUAGUGACUUGGAAACACCAUACCCAUGCAUGCGACGCACAUCCUUACUUGAAGGCAGUAUCUUCAAGACUCAUGAAUGCAAAACAAAGUCGGAUAGUCAAAUCCACUCGAUGGUGAAAGACCAGAGAAAAAGGGGGUAUCAUUAAUGUGCCACUUGGUUGUCCUGCAACGGGUCGCUGCUUAUUUCUUGCUACUCCUAGCCAAGGGUGUCAG